UUUUCCCCAAAUCAAAUAUGGGGGAACAGAAGAAACAGAAUUGAGGGCCACGGGAUCAAAGCUCCGCCCGCCAGUCAUGACCGCCGGCGCCGGCAGAACGCCGACUGGAUAGUAAACUACUUGCUUUCGCUGCUUAUACUUCAACCAAUCAAAACUCGUGCCGUUCUGCCCUAAAUCGCCAUGGUAAUUUCCCCAAACAAGCUGCACGAAUCAACAGGACAAUCGAACGAAGAGGAUUCAACCCAACAACAGCGACCAUCGAUCUUCACCAAUUUAUCUGGGAUCACAGCGCCUAUGCUUGUCUACGAGAAAAGGAAGCUUUCUCAACCAUCAACCAUCGCCAAUGCCUCUGAGAUUACAGCGCCUGUUCAUGUGUAUAAGAGAAGGAAGCUUCCCCAACCAUCAAGCAGCACCAAUGUAUCUGAGAUUACAGCGCCUAUGCAUGUGUAUAAGAGAAGGAAGCUUCCCCAACUAUCAGACAACACCAAUGUGUCUGCGCCUAUCCAUGUCUGCAAACGAAGGAAGCUUUGGCAGCCAUCAACCAGCACCGAUGUCUCGGAGAUUACGGCGCCUAUGCUUUGCUACAAAAGAAGGAAGCUCUUACAAGCAUCACCCAUGGCUAAUGUAUCUAAGAUUACAGAACCUACCCUUGUCUACAAAAGAAGGAAGGUUACCCAACCAUCCUCUAUGCUUGUCUACAAUAGAAGGAAGGUGAAAAGAGGGAAGAACUCUUUCCGUUCUUCCCUUAGUCAUAGUGUCAAUGAUAGCUGCUCUUGCUCACCAUCAAGAUCAAAUGUGGACUUCAAUUCGGCAUGGCUAAGUAAAGAAGGGGAAGAUGAUACAGCUGAGAGUUCUUCUUCAUCUGCAUCUGGGAGGGAUAUAUGCCUUUCAAUUCUUGUAAGGCAUGGAGUGAUCAAAGAAGUUUUGCCUUGUAGGGCUUCUGGUCCCAGGAUAGGAAUUGGUGGCAUGGGUUGUAGGCGGUGCAGGGUUUGUUCUCGUUCAGAUUCCACAAACAGGAUGCUGCUUUGUGAUGAUUGUGAGGCGGCAUUUCACUUAUCUUGCAUCAAUCCUAGGAUAAGUGUAGUUCCUGUAGAUGAGUGGUUUUGCCAUUCAUGUUUGACGAAGAAGAAACCGAAGGUGUGGAAGGAAGCUGCUGAAUGUGCUUAUAUUAUUGAUGGAGUGAAGGGAUCUUUGAGAUCUGUGUCUGCAAGCGGACCGUCUCCUAUUGACUUGAUGCUGAGUGAUGAUGAGCCAUAUGCUAGCCAUGCUCGUAUUGGUAAAAGGUUUCAAGCUGAAGUUCCAGACUGGUCAGGUCCAGUUUUGUAGUAUGUAUCAAGUCUGAUUUUGUCAAUCACAAGGGAAAGUGUGGUCAGAAUGCCUGUCCUUUGUAUGCAAGGAACCAUUUUGCUUCUUCUUUUGUCACCUUUUUAGCUGGAUUGAAGAUAAAUAGAAUACCAGAUAUGAUAGUUUAACAUGUAGUAACUUUGUUGGUCGAUUUCUUCAAUGGAU